CGAGGCGGGCGGCCAUUGUGCGGCGUUCUCACCUGGCAGCUGUCUGUGUUGUCUCACGAUCCCAGAUCAGAUUAGCGGCGCUAUAUAAGAGACCGAGGGAGCCGAGCCGAGCCGGAGACUUUCGGUCCAUUCUUUGAGGCUCUUUCGGACGUUGCGUGAUGUGCAAGGGGCUGUCAGGCAUCCCCUCCUCGUGCCUGGAGAGGGCGAAGGGCAUGAGGGUCAAACUGUCCCACCUGGCCGAGAAGCAGGAGUGGGUUUACAAACACAGAGCGACCGAGGAGAAGGCGCCUCAGGACCUGGAGUCUCUGCUCAGCAGCAAGCCGGGCAUCCAGGCGUUCCGCGGGUUCCUGCGCUCCGAGUUCAGCGAGGAGAACCUGGAGUUCUGGCUGGCCUGCGAGGACUACAAGAGCACUUCCGGCUCCAGACUGGCGGCGCGAGCCCAGAACAUCUUCAAGCAGUUCGUCGACCCUGACGCUCCUCGAGAGGUGAACCUGGACAGCGAGACCCGCGAGGCGCUGGUGGGGCUGAUGGAGGAGCCCGCGGCGGACACCUUCCUCCAGGCCCAGCGGCGCAUCUUCUCCCUGAUGGCUAAAGACUCGUUCCCUCGCUUCCUGCGCUCCUCUUACAGCCAGCAGCCUCUCCGAGUCCUGUGAGCGUCUACGCCUCCGCUACGGCCAGCUAGGAGAUGUAGUGCAGUCAUCGUUUAAACAUCUAGAAGUGCUCACUUUGCCUUUAUAUCUUUAAAGCUAAUAAAGUUGUCUGAGUCAG